GAUCUGGUCCUUCGUCGGCCUCCGGUUCUCGACCUUCACGAGACGUCGUGUGUUGACCUAACGAUCAGGAAAAUCGAUAUCGGGGCAUCGUCGUGCGAGCGGGUCACGUCGCCUAGACUACCGAAGGCAAACACCGCCCUCGCGCGUAGGCCCCGCUCGUAUUUCGAGACUGGAACUGGAGUUGUUAAAUGAUUCCUUGUCUCUGCGUUUGUGCAAAAUGAAUAACCGCAGAUCUCGAGUGUACGCGGCUCCCGUCCCGAAAAUGCCACCCGGCCUGCUGGAAUUAAUGGAGGGGCUGAGCGAGGACGUUUUGAGAAAUAACCCGUCCGAUAUUUAUGAGUUUUGUGCGGACCACGUGAAGAGACUGCUGCAGAUCCGCGACGACACACAGCGAAAAAAACCCACGUCUUUGCAACAGAAAAUUUUAAAAGCUCAGAAUAUAAUAAGGGAAAGAGCUAUACGACGGCGCAAAUGUUAUGAAAAAAAUUAUCAAGCAUUUCUAGAAGAUAAGGAGACGCGACCCGCACAUUACGAUGUAAAUAACGCGGAAGAUGCGUCGGCUGAGAAAUGCGAGAUAGUUCAACAUAAUCUUCCCGCAGAAACGUCUCGUCUACGAGAAGAAAUAACUCAAGAACUAUUUGAUAAUAAUAUAACAUAUCCGAACAUUGUCUCUGGCGAAUGUCGCGAGCGCCAACUUGAAAAUGGUAAUUCUAAAAAAAAUACAAUUAAUGAACUUGAAAAUGAAAGUACGUCAGAUGUCUCCGGAAUCCAAUUUACCAAAGGUGAUGAGGUAGUUGAAAGCCCCACCGUUAUUGAAAACCCCACGGUUAUUGAAAACACAAACUUUUUCGAUGAAGAAUUGUGUUCACCAGACGUAAAAAUUCUUCAUAACUUGACGAGUCGAGAUGAUAGCGUGUCGUCAGUAACCAUUGAAAAUAUUGACUUGGAACAAAAAAUACCUAAAGAAGGAACGGACGACGCUGGACUCGCUAGAGAUGGAAAAUUCGAAAGCGUUAACUUCUCUGAGAAAGCGGAAAAGAUGAGGGUAUGUGAUGAACAAGAUUCCGUGUCUAGUGUCGGAGAAGCUCAUCACCAGAUGGAUCUGGAAACGGCAGCUAUAACGAUUCAGAAAGUUUUUCGAACUUUCCUUUUUAAAAGUAAAACUACCAGCUUAGAUGAUGCCACAAACGUUGACAUCAAUCUUUUUAUUGAAGAAAACGAUUUGGAGAAUGAUAUUAAUAUGACUAAUAAAGAACGUCGGGGAAUCAGCAGAAUGGACACCGUACUUCAAACUGUGAACGAGGAGAAAUCGUUAUCAUUAUCCACCGAUGACUCUUCUACUUUGUCAAGUGCAGCGACAAUUAUUCAGGCGCAUAUAAGGGGGUUUCUAGUAAGAAAUAAACUAAACGUUAACAAAACCCCUUCUUCUACAGAAUCUAUGAUAGAUUCUAAAGAGUUUUCUUGUACAUCUUUGGAGAAAAAUAACGAUCCCCAAAAGACGAAAACUGUUUUAAACAUUCACAUAGUGCCCGACAAAGAUAAUUUCACUGGGAGAGAUGAGAGUUUGACGACUUCCAUGGAUUUAUCUAUGGACGAUAGCCCGCAUUUACUGUCUUCUCCCGCUAGUUACGAUAUCGUCGAACGCCGAAAACAAUUAAAGCGUGAAGAUGCCAUUCAAUCCGUUACCCCGCCGAGCAAUACCAGUAGCAGUAAACUCAGCGAAGAUAUGGACUCCGUCAGGGACGUUGCCUGUGACGACACUAAAGAGCCGUCCGUGCGUAGUUCUUCAGGGGAUGUCAUUCAAAAUCAAAGCAAUGGAGAGGCUCACGAAGGUCGAACCGCAGUACAAAUAGAAAAUAACCCGAUCCUACAUUCCCUGGAAAAAGAUGAUGAAACUGUGAACGAUCAAGGUCGUCGGAGCCCAUUAAAUAUUGACAGCGUUCAUAACAUUCAACGUGAAUGUACUAAAACUGCCAGUUUAAAGCAUUCCAGUGAGUUUCAUGAAGUGAUAUUACCCACAAAAGUUACCAGAAGUGACACGUCCGUCGUCCGUGGUGAGUGAAGACAUCUUUUGUCAGAAUUUAAUAAUGUCUUGGCAUACCUUCUUCUCUGGGAUUUCACAUAAAUAGGAAGAGUUUGAGAUUUACUUAUGCACGCUGCUAAACUGUUCUUUUCAUUACAAACAAUUAUACUAUUAGCAUUA